AUGGAUGAGUUUUCUGUUGCUCGUAUUUUGAAUAAAAGCAAAGUAAAGGGUGGUUCUAAAAAGUCAAGUUGGAUAUGGGAAAAUGAUCCAUUUGUGCGGAAACAUAAUAAAAAUAGAUUUUCUGUUUUUUCAAACACAGAAAACAAUGAAAUAUUACAAUUGGUUGAUUUCAAGGCUAAUCUUGCGCCUGGUGGUUUGAAUUAUCCAAAUCUAGAAAAAACAAUCUGA